AAAUGCUUAUUAGUAUUUAAAGAAUUCGCUCUCUUACGACGGAAUAAAGGUAACAAAGGAACUUACAUAUCGAAAUGAGCGGAUCAAAACGUGUUGCUGUUGUGACGGGGUCGAACAAAGGUAUUGGCUACGCUAUUGUUCGCGGUCUCUGUAAACAAUUUCAGGGCGACGUCAUCUUAACCGCCCGAAACGAGGCCAAUGGUAAAGCAGCGCUCAAGAAACUGAACGCAGAAGGCCUGAAGCCCGUGUUUCACCAACUAGACAUCACAGACGUCGCCAGCGUUCAGCGCAUGCGCGAUUUUCUGCAUAAGAACUACGGUGGCCUUGACGUUCUCGUGAAUAACGCGGCCAUAGCUUACAAGAGUGCCGCCACAGAACCCUUUUCUGAGCAGGCCGUGGUCACCAUGGCAACGAAUUUUUGGGGAACAUUAAACGCCUGCAACGUUCUGUUUCCGUUACUAAGGCCACAUGCAAGGGUCAUAAACGUUUCAAGUCGUUUAGGGUCAAGUACGGCCUCGAGAUGCACCCAAGAACUGCAGAAACGGUUUCUGGACACGGAACUGAGCUUGGCGAAAGUUGAACAACUCAUGAAGGAAUUUGUCGCAUCUGCGAAAGCCGGAAAUCUCAAGGCAAAGGGCUGGCCAGAGCAAGCCUACGGCGUAAGCAAGAUCGGGGUCACUCUAAUGACGAUUGUCCAACAACGGCAGCUCAAUGCUGAUAAACGACCGGACAUUGUGGUUAAUUCGUGUUGUCCGGGAUACGUAGCUACAGAUAUGACCAGCCAUAUGGGUCAAAAAACCAUCGACGAAGGUGCAGAUACUCCUCUAUAUCUCGCGUUAUUGCCACCAAACACAGCCUCUCCAAAAGGCGAGUUUGUUUGUGAGCGGAAAAUCACGAAGAUCUUUUAAGUUGGGAGAAAUGAAAAGACAAUACGAGGGAACUUUCCCUGUUAAAUUUUCGCCACUCAAACUUUUAAAAUUGGAAAUCUGAACAACAUAAUUAUAAUUUUUGAAGAUUUGCUCAUAAUAUGUUGAAGUUUUGACUGCAUUAAAUGUGUGUUAAAAGU